AUGGACGCAAGAAAAGAUUUGAAAGCGUAUCGAAAUAAUGGCGAGAAGGCUCAGGAAAUUUACGACAAAUUUAUUCUACCAUAUAGAACCCAAAAUAUCCGUUUGAAGAAUCAAUGGCCAACUGACACCGAUGACAAUACGAAUGAAUGGACCAUAUUAUGUAAUUGCAAAUUCAUGGGACGCCCUAUGCAUAGCCCGGAUAUUGAUCUUGGAACCAAUCGAGACAUGAUACCAACAACAUUAAACGUGUCGUGGAAAUUGAUAACUACGCAAGCAGAAAUAAGUGGCGUUGUAAGGUUCUUAGGGAAUCCUUAUAAUUCAAGACUUCGGGAUAAACGGCCCGAUCAUAAUGCGGCACGAAAAUGGAAGGAACGUAAAGAGGAGAAAAUUUCAGCUGGUGGACCCUCGUUUACAAUUUCGGGCACCGUAGUUGGGUCUGUUGGGAGAGAGGAAGCAGAUAGCCACAUAUCGGCAAGAGAUAGAUCACCGCCUUUUCCUUUCAAAGUUCAACAAAUUUCAGUUUGGGAAUUGCUCCGAGACAAACACUUGGUCUCCUCUAGCAAAAAUGAAACCCGAGAUCACAACCAGAACCCGUACGAUCAACAUUUUACAUGGAACAGUAACGGAUCCUUGUCAAAAUUGCCAGAAAUUUCAAAUCAAUUACUUGACUUAUUGAGACAUGGAAUUCAUAAAAUUACAAGUGAAAUUUCAUUAAAGUAUAAUGAAAUGGAAAAAGAUAUGCAAUAUUUGGGACCUGAUUUAAUAACUGGUAUCGAAAAUUUUCUCUUUUAUCCUGAUAAUAUACUUUAUGAUUAUACGAUUUCUGAUGAACCUGAAUUUGAAGAUGAGGAAGAAUGA